GGCAGUCACAGUGCAGCACUUGGUCACACUAUCAGAAGAGCGCCGCUUCAAUCAAUAUUUCGUUGAUCAAACACACCAUUAUACUUUGGAGACUACAGUUAGUUUCUGUCAGAAGAACACGAUCAAUAAAUUAAACCUUUUAAUUUUGUAUGCAGAAAAACAUACAAAUUGAAGAACCUUUUCGGUAAACAACUACAUGCGUUGCUAUUCAACAGUUGUCCCGCCACUUCCACAAAACAGCGAUAAUGGGUCCGCGCUCAACAAUAGAUAAACGCAUUUUGGUCAUAACAUGUUAUCAAAAUGGCUACUCAUAUGGCCAGAUCGGAGAUAUGGUUAAUAUGGCGAGAUCGUCAGUGCAAGCAAUUGUUACGCGUUUCGUCCGAGAGAACCGGGUGUGCUAUAAGUCCAGGAAGGCACCGAAUAAAAUUUUUACGGAACACGAAGAAACAAUGAUCGUUUUAAAAUAUCAAAACGAAUCCAUUUCAUUGAAAGAUCUACUUGAAUAUGUGAAAAACAAAUUUAACAAAACGUGUAGUUUGAAAACAAUUCAUCGAGUGCUCCAAGCUGCACCUCUCGCAGGUGAUAACCUGCCGUUAUCCACUGAUGAGAAUAAUGAUAAUAACAAGGACUUCUCAACCAUAGAAAAUAACAAUAAUAACGAGGUCGGUUCAACCAUAGAAAAUAACAAUAAUAGCGAGGUCGGUUCAAUCAUAGAAAAUAUACCGAGCCGGCUGUCGUUUGCUAAUGAUCAUUUGUCAAAAAGCUCGGACUUUUGGGACUCUGUAAUAUUUACAGGCGUAGCUUCGUUUAGUCCAAUGUACUCAAAAAUCGGACUUAAGGAACACCAUGAGAUGAAAAGGAAAUAUAAAGGUGGAAAACUCGUCGUUUGGGGCUGUAUUUCCGCGGCCGGGGUAGGAAACUUGGUGUUUGUUGAUCGAGAAAUGACCAAACAGAAGCAUCUUUCAAUACUGAAAGAAAAUGUUAUCCAGCAUGCCCAGCAAUUUGGUAUAAGGAAAUUUCACUACUACCAAAAUAAUAAUAUCGAUCAUGACGCAGAUAUUCAGUACUGGACUAUUUGGAAGUGUCCACACGUUAUGAAACCACCUUCCUAUGACUUGGACAUCAAUAUAGUUGACAAUUUAUGGGAAAUUUUGGAUCAAAACAUUAUUUUCCAUUCGAUAAUCGAUGAAAAUGACUUAAAAGCAGCACUGACUCAGGAAUGGAAAAAAAUAACACCCGAAAUGGCGCAAAACUUGGUUAGGACCUUACCUAACAGACUUCAAUACAUAGUCGAUAAGGCGCUAUAGCCGAUCCCUGGUGGAACAUUCAACAAUUUUCAAUAUCAUUUCGUUUACAUACAUACCAUUCCUUAAGAUAAGGCUUUAGACUUUAGUAACAGUACACACUAUUUUUAAGAAACUAAAGCACUGCGACCUUUGAAAUGUUCCUUAAGAACGUACUUCGAUUAGACUUUAGACUUUAGUAACAGUACACACUUUAAUUUAAGAAUCUAAAGCACUGCGACCUUUUCUUUUUUUACAGACGUAUGACGUAUGAUCUCUUAAAUUUGAAGAUUUUUGUUUUUGUUUUUUACUUAUUAAUUACCUAGUAUUAACGAUUGUUGAACUGAUCAAAUAUAUGA